AUGGUUAGUCCGAGGAAUCACUUUGUGUUCACGCCGCUGUUGGCGUCGACGACGACGGGCGUGCUGGACUUUCGCAGCAUCGUGGACUCGGUGAGGUCGCUGCCGAACGUGAAGUUUUACCGCGCGUGCGCCGACGCGAUAGACUUCGAGAGGAAGGAGGUGUCUUGCGUGGACUGGAGGGGCGCGAAGCACAAGUUCGAGGUGGGGUACGACAAGUUGGUGAUAGGCGUGGGCGCGGACUGCAACGUGUUCGACAUUCCGGGAGCGAACUCGGAGAACAUAUACUUUUUGAAGGAGGUGAGCGACGCGUGCAUGAUAAGGGAGCAGAUAGUGCGCGUGUUGGAGUGGGCGAGUCUGCCGGGGAUUUCGGUCGAGGAGCGUCGGAUGGCGCUGCAUUUCAUCGUGGUGGGCGGGGGUCCCACGGGCGUCGAGUUCGCGGCGGAGUUGAGCGAUUUUUUUUGGAAUGACAUCGCUCGCUACUAUCCGAACAUCAGCGCGAACGACAUCAAGAUCACCCUGUUGGAGGCAGGGGACAAGAUUCUGCCGGCAUUUCAGGCGAACCAGGUGAGGAAGGCGAUGGUCAACCUGAAGCGCCAAGGGAUCGACAUGCGGCUUCACUCGAAGGUCCGGGAGGUCAAGCCGAACCGGGUGCUGCUGGACGACGGGACCCAGUUGGAAAGCAAACUAAUCGUGUGGAGCACGGGAGUAGGCCCGAGAAAGCUGGUGAAGGAACUGAAUGUCGAAAAAUCUCGCUCUGGACGCAUUCUGGUGGACGAUACGCUGAGACUGAAAUCUCACCGAGACGUGUACGCUCUAGGAGACUGCGCGCAAAUCGAGAACAUGAACCACCCCCCGACGGCGCAAGUGGCCCAGCAGCAGGCGAAAUACCUCGUGAAGCUGCUGAGCGGCGAGCUGGAGGCGAGCGAGUCGGGGAAGAAGCCAACCGGAUUCGUGUACAGGCCUCUUGGACUGAUGAGCUACAUCGGAAACUCCAACUCGGUGCUGGAGUCCGAGUGGCUAAAGGGCGCCGGGUGGCUGGAGUUCGUCAUCUGGCGGUCGGUCUACCUCUCGAAAAUAAGGAGCUGGAAGAACAGGCUCGAAAUCCCGUAUGAGUGGCUCCGUACGUGGAUUUGGGGUCGCGACGUCAAUUUUUAG